AUGCUUUUCUUUUGCUUUGCCUUUCUAUCUGUUGCGGCAGAUAUUGUGAACUGGCCGCAGCUCUCGAACCAGCAGCUUGUAGCGCAGCGCGCGCAGCGUGACGUGAGCUCGAACAUCACGAUCGACCAGUUUGGCCUCAUGGGUGUCAAUUUGAACACAGUGUUGUUUGACGAAUUCGGCUACACAUCCAAUGUCUUGCUUAAUGUCACUACGCUCUUGAACGUAGGGGUACUGGUGAUGGAGAUGGACCUCUACUGGAACGAGCUUUCGCUGGUGUGGCAGCUCUGUCCGCUGGCACUCGACACGUUCAACGUCCCGUUGACCGCGAACCAGGUAGUCCGAAAGGACAACCGCUCCAUCACCUGUGAAGCUAGCUUCACCUUCAGCCUGUUGAUGCGGACCAUCCGGUCGUUCUUGGAUUCGACCAACACCAACUUGGAGGUCAACAUGCUUCAGCUUCUAUUCAACUUGAAACCGUUGCAAAACAGCACCGCGUACUCCGCCGCGUACUACAACUACUACGCCGAUCCAAGCUUGUCCCUCGCCCUCAACAGCUCACUAAAAUCCUCUCUCUUCACCCCAGUCGAUCUAGAGGAAUACCGUCAGGUAAACACAUCCAGCAAUUCGGGGUUUCCCACGUGGUACCAAUUCACAUACUACGAGUUCGACCGAGUGAUCCCCAUAGUUCGCUACAAUGGCCUCCCAACAAACUCCUCGUACAACAUCACCGCCGAUUUCGCAACCGUGUUCUUCGAUAAAUGGUCGCUCGACCUCUCCUACAGUGCGUAUGUUACUGAUACGGCCAAUAAAAGCAUCUCCACCCUCCUAGCAGAAAGCUUCCGCUUUAUUUCUGACUCUGAUGAGCUCAAAUUUACUCCCAACACGUUUUUGGACUACAUCGCCUCUGGCUACUCCCCUAUUGUGAACCACACCAUCCAGCCCCUCUCGGACUUUGCUCUUUUCAUCAACUACUCUCUCUGGUCGUGGUCAGAGCAGGAACUCUCGGGAAAAUCGGUGGUCUCUGGCUACGACAGUGACGACGAUACAGACGACUACCGCUGUGCCACAUUUAUCGAGUCCGGCUGGUCCGUGGGUCUCUGUGACACCGCGUAUCAGCUUGCCUGCCGCAACAAUAACGACCCCCAGAGCUGGUCCUUCUCUACUGACAUGUAUGCCUACUUGGAUACCAAAAAGAAUGACUAUUGUCCCAGCGGUACAAAGUUUUCCGUGCCACAGUCUGCCCUCGAACAGCAGGCAUUACAUGCAGCCAUGGCCAGCCAGAAUAUCGCCUACCCCAUCUGGAUCAACCUUAAUGCACUUAGCGCUGUCGACUGUUGGGUCACAGGUGGAGCCUUGGCCUCCUGCCCGUACCAAAAGGUCAUCAGCUCCCACGACUACUUGGCCAUGGUCACUGCCAGUUGCGUUGUCACGUUUGCCAUUUUGGCACUGAUUAUCGGCACCCGGUUUUAUCACGUGCCAGUCCAGGGCAACAGGAAACACUGGAAGAAAAUCAUGACCAGGAUGAAAGAGGAGGAGUUCGAAGGGGUGCCGUCUUAA